AUGUGCAAGAUUAUCGUCUGCUUAUUACUGCUUACUGCAGGAAUCACUAAUGCACGUAAAUUUAGUGUGGGAGGGAAGGGUUCAAGUCGUGGUUCAAGUGCUGCACGAAUGAAUGUGAAAAGUGGUCAACAUCCACAACAGAGUGGUCAUUACCCACAGCAGAUUGGUCGUUAUCCACAGCAGAGUAAUUAUCAUCCGCAUCAAAAUGGGUAUCAUCAACCAGCACCCGGAGGUUAUCACCCCAAUCAAGUUGGUGGAUAUCAUCAGCAGAGCGGUGUUGCUCCUAGCCAAAUGAAGCCGUCCAACAAAGGAGCAUUUGGGACAGCACUUGCUGGUGGUCUAGUUGGAGGUGUCGCAGGUGGAGUAAUUUUUCACAUAGGAAAGGCAGUUCUCACUUCCAAAUCCGAACCCCUGACAAUACCAAACGGUCAAAAUUACUAUUUUGAUGAACGGAAUUAUCAGCUCAAGAAUGGUUAUUUUAUAUGUUCAAUGCUGAUCGAUGAUGUAGUGAAAAUGUUGCAGGAAAAUUCAACAAAUCCAACGCCAGCUAUUAAUGAAUCAACAAAUUCAACCGCUAUGACGCCAGCGCAAUUCUUUAAAACAGUACAAUUCAGCGAUGGUUCAAGGCCGAAAUCAUUAACCUGGGAUUGUAAGACUGGUUCAGAGGUAUGCUGUGGCAUCGAUUGUUGUCCGGCACAACUGUUAACAAAGCAGAAAGAUAAGGGAAAUCAUGGACAUCAUGGAUUUGGAGGACCAUCAUGGGUUGUUUUUGCUAGGUUUGUUGAUAUUUUAAAAUUUAAAUAA